UUGCAGAUAUUAAAUCAAAGUAACGCACGCCGCUUUGAACGACGCUACCAUACGUCGGAUGGAAUCGAUGUUACGAAAGCGAAAGUGCCUGCAAAUCUGCCACCCAGUAUUCUGAAACGUUUCUCCUGGAACGUCUCGUCGGCAGUCGGUGGUUCAUCAAGAAAAAUUACCAAUCGAAUGAACGAGCAGAACAUUCGACGUCAGUCGCAAUCCACGGUAGCAUCCUCUGAAUCCUUCAGCUCGUCAACGUCUGGCUUCAGCACCGCUUCGUCGUAUCUCGAAAAUUCAACUGUUUCCGAAGAAAUGACUCCAACGGGCGAUCAUGACAUACAUAUCUCUACAGGUUAG